AUGGCACAAGAAACGAUCUUCGGAUGGGUAGUUUCUGGCCCACGCACCACCACCCGAGCCCAUGAGCAGCAAUCACACGCAUCAGUGAACCACUGCAUCAUCAGAGAGCCGCUGGACAACUUGAUCCGAAAAUUCUGCCAACUGGAGGAACUGAUGAUCCCCAUCGGCCUGAACGAGGAAGAUCAGAAGUGUGAGGACCACUUCAAGACAACUCACACGCGAGAUAAGAGUGGAAGAUACACUGAAUCCCUCCCCUUCAAGACUACGCUACCACUAGAGAACGGAGAGUCUUACAUCAUCGCGAGAAAGUGCCUCGAGAGACAGAGAAGACGCCUUCUAACCACGCCACAACGUCAAGUCGAAUAUGACGGGUUCCUACAAGAGUAUCUGGACUUGGGACACAUGUCGUUGUCUCCAAAUCAGCCUCAACCAGACCAGAAACCAGUGUACUUGCCCUACCACGCAGUUCUACGCCAAGACAGCACGACCUCGCUAAUCCGAGUCGUGUUCAACGCGUUCAGUGGUACGACGAAUGGAAAAACGCUUAACGAUCAUCUCCACGUCGGACCACAGUUGCUGCCAGAUCUCCUAGACGUCAUUCUGAGGUGGAGAAUGCACCCAAUCGCACUGCGUGCCGACAUCGAAAAAAUGUUCAGGCAGAUCCUCGUAACCCCUGGGGAAAGACACCUUCAGAGAAUCCUAUGGCAACCACCAGGCUCCACUGAGGUAAAUUCGUACGACUUGAAAACGGUGACGUAUGGAACAGCACCAGCCCCUUAUCUCUCCAAUCGUACCUUGAAACAACUGGCCCAAGACGAGCGCGCGAGGUUCCCACGAGCAGCUGCGAUACUCGAACGUGAUUUCUACGUUGAUGACGUCCUAACGGGAGCAUCAUCGAUUCAAGAAGCGAGAGAAACGCAAGAAGAACUACAAAAAUUGCUACUCGCAGGGGGAAUGAACCUGGGGAAGUGGGCUUCAAGUCACCCAGAGAGUCUCGCGUCAGUACCUCGUAUAGCAGUCGCACUCGAUCCGACGUCACAACUGGACCAGAAGGAGACCGUGAAGGUCCUCGGUGUUCAAUGGAACAUGAAUCUUGACGCCUUCAAGUUCUCAGUCUCAGCGGACAAUCCAAGCAAAGCGACGAAACGAGGAAUCCUCUCCACAGUUGCCAGAAUCUUCGAUCCAGUAGGUUGGCUAACUCCCACCACAAUCUGCGCAAAAAUGCGCAUCCACGAACUGUGGCUACUUGGAAUGGACUGGGACGAUGAAGUCCCUGAAGCAAUCCGCAGCCAAUGGGAAACGUUCCAAGCCCAACUCACCCGCCUCCAAGAGAUCAACAUCAACAGGUACGUCGGGUGGACGCCUGAGUCGCAGAAAUUAGAGCUGCAUGGGUUUCGCGACGUGUCUACACAAGCGUACGCCGCCGUAGUCUAUCUGAGAAUCAGAGGAAACCACGACGAACUGGCAGAAGUCAAACUCCUCCUAGGAAACUCCAAGGUCGCUCCCAUACAACAUCAAACCGUGGCCAAACUGGAACUGUGUACUGCUCACCUGCUAGCACGAGUCUUAGAGAAAGUCAAGAACACCAUGAAGCUAGACUCAGUACCCCUCUACGCAUGGAGUGAUUCACAAAUCGUCCUCGCGUGGUUGCAAAAGCACUCAUCACACUGGCCGACAUUCAUCGCGAACCGCGUGUCUGACAUCCAGACGCGAAUUCCAACAGUAAACUGGCGCCACGUGCCAACAUCAACAAAUCUCGCAGACUGUGCCUCACGCGGAAUUCCUCCAGCAGAACUGGUCUCCCAUGAGCUCUGGUAG